CCCUGCUCCGGGCGCGCGCGUGCCAUGGAACAGAGGUUAGCCGAGUUCCGGGAGGCCCGCAAACGGGCGGGACUGGUGGCCCAGCCCUCCACAGCGAGCCAGGGCGAGCAGCCCUCAGCAGAGAAGGCCGUCGCAGCAGCGGCGACCCCAAAGACAGCCCCGAGCUGGCUGAGACGCUUCCUGACGUGGAAAGCAAGCCCUGCCAUUACGCGGGCCCGGCCCAACCAGGCUCAGGAAGCAGCUCAGCAGCCCCCACAGAGUGCAGCGGUCCCUCUGAUUUCGUCCCAACGCCAGUCUCUCCUGACCAACAUCACCUUCUUGAAGGUUCUCCUCUGGUUAGUCCUCCUGGGUCUGUUUGUGGAACUGGAAUUUGGCCUGGCUUAUUUUGUUCUGUCUAUGUUCUAUUGGAUGUACGUGGGGACUCGGAAUCCUGAGGAGAAGAAAGAGGGGGAGAAGAGUGCCUACUCUGUGUUCAACCCUGGCUGUGAAGCCAUCCAGGGCACCCUGACUGCAGAGCAGCUGGAGCGUGAGUUGCAGCUCAGGCCUCCACUGGGGAGGUAGGACCCACCUCAGCUGCUCCUCCUAGCCUUGAGCUUGGAUUCUAGACGACAAAGGACAGUUUACAGGGUGGCAGUGUAACUACCACAGCCUCUACUCUCCCCUCAUCUGCUGCAGGUUCGUUUUUCGGACUCCUCUUUGGUUUAGGUGAAGUUUUCUAAAAGACAUUCACUGUGGGGCUGGUGCAGUUUAUAAAAGCCGUGUAAGAAGGAGGUUGUUUGUCUCAUUAUUAGAAAGUGGUGAUAGUGGCAUGUUACAGAUGCACUGAGUGUCCUCUCGUUUACGUGAUUUGAUGGAUGAGUAGACACAUUGGGGCUCUGUAUUACACCCAAAUGCUCUCUUAAAUAUCUUAAUAAUUACUAAGCCACAUUCCAGGUCAGCCUGGGGGACUAGUCUCAAUUUUUUUCUUUUUAAAUGUUUGAGUGUUUUGCCUGAAUGGGCCUGGUACUCUCAGGUAAAAGAGGGCAUCAGAUCCUCUGGAACUUGAAUUAUGGAUAGUUGUGAGCCACCAUGUGGGUACUGGGAACUGAACCUCAAUCCUCUGCAAGAACAACAAAUGCUCUUAACCACUGAGCCAUCUCUAGCCCUUUCUAAAAAUUUACAGAAUUAUUUUCCCAAAAGUUUUAAGUUGCAAGUUUUAGGAAGUUUUGUUUGUUUGUGCCUUGCUUCUCCUCUUUUCGGUCAUCAGUGCUAUUGAAAUAUAAAUUGUCUUUAGGACUUUCCAUAAGCAGGUCCCCUACACUGCCCAUCCCCAUCUUUCAUCAUGUCACUGCCCUGUCCCUACUGGGGAAGAAGAGACAGUCUCAGCAGGACAAAGUCAAUAUUAGAGAUAAAAAAUACUUAUUUGUGUAAGUGUUUGUCUGCAUGUAAAUAUGUGCACCACAUGUGUGUGUGGUACCUGUGGAGGCUAAGAAGAGAGUGUCAGAUCCCCUGGGAUUGGAGAUAUGGAUAGUUGUGAGCUGCCUUGUGGGUUCUAGGCACUGGAUCAUCUGCAACAACAGCCAGUGAUCUUAACUGCUGAGUCAUUUUCCAGCCCCAGUAUUGGAGAGUUGAUAAGAGGUUAUUAAUGCUAAGUCCAUCAAGAGAAACUCUUGAGUGUGUGUGCAGAGGGGAAGGGCUAGGAAAUAGGACUCUGGGCUGACUUACUGCUUGGGUCGUGUCUCAUUUUCUUUUGGAUGUUUUUGAAAGGGUCUCCCAUGGCCCAGGCUGGCCUUGAACUCACACUUUCGUGGUUCUGGUUUAUUUUUCCGCCCUCUCUUUUUUUAAAAAUUUAAAUUAGAACAAUCUUGUUUUACAUGUCAAUCCCAGUUCCCUCUCCCUUCCUGCCUCCCCUGCUCCCCAUUGACCCCCUAUCCCAUCCCCUUUCUGCUCCCUAGGGAAGGUGAGGCUUUCCGUGGGGGAGUCUUUAAAGUCUGUCCCAUCAUUUGGAGCAGGGAUAAAUACUGAUCCACUACCAGAGGCCCCAUAGACUGCCUGUUUCUGUCACUUUCAAUGUCUUACAGGCACAUCAGUUUUGCUCUUUCUCACAGUAUCUGGCCUUGUCUGUCCAUAGGCAGGGCCACAUUUAUCCCCAAGUAAAGAUGGUUGAACAAGGCUCAGGUGUUUCUUUAGGAAUUUGUUUCCUAGGAGAACUUUAGCCACUCUGCCUGCCACAGAGGUUCGUUCCUUCUUACUCCAAUCUCAGGGUACCUGGGAGCCCCUGGACUCUGUCCUGCCGGCUAAUGGCUGUUUAGUUCUCUCUUCUUCCUCUCUCAGGCUAAGUCUCCUUCAUUCAACACUGGCUUCAGGUUGGGGAGCUUUUACCAAGGAUGGUUUUACAUUGAUAAGAUUAUGCAAGGAGCAUGGAGGCUGUCCCUAUUACCUUUUGGUUGUUUUGCAUGGUCAGAUUAGGCACCUGGGUCUGCUACAGAAAGGAAGUUACACAGUUGGGAGAAUCUAUCAUCCUCAUUUGGGCCGAAGAGAGCAAAAUGGGAACAAUGUGUUAGUUUCUGACACCCCAGGAAAUAUUUGGAGGUUCUCUGAUCUUGACACACCAAGAGCACCUGCAAACCAGGGGUGGAGAAGAGCCACAGAAUGAAUACAGGGGUAGGGCAGAGGCCUCAGGAUCGUGUUGCCACCAGGGGGCAGUGCAGAGCUGCUGCAGUCUGGCCUGCUCACUUGAUCAUUUACAUUAAGAGGAAAACCCUUUGAGAUGCUUCUUGGAACCACUUGUGCUGUUUUUGUUUUUUCUUCAAGCCUUUUUUCCCACUUCAGAAUUCAUAAACUCUAUUUCACAGGUCCUGGAAAGGUUUUAAAAACUCCUAACAGUGAUUUAUUAUACACAUAUUUUGCCAGGUGGUGGUGGCACAUGCCUUUAGCCUCAGCAUUUGGGAGGCAGAGACAGGCAGAUCUCUGUGAGUUGGAGGCCAGCCUGGUCUACAAGAGCUAUUUCCAGGACAGGCUCCAAAGCCACAGAGAAACCCUGUCUCAAUCCCCCCAAAACAAACAAACAAACAAACAAACAAAACAAAACACGUAUUUUAAGAUGAAACAGCAGCCUCUUCCAUAGGGUAAGCAGUCAGUCUUGUAGUUCCCUGUCCUCUUCUGAGUUUCAAAGGGGCCUGGGACACAGUAGCUAGGAACUUACAUAGCUAACAGAAAAAUUGGUCACCAAACUAAAGAAGGUGAAAUUUUGAAUUCAAUGCUUUGGUUUCUGUUACACUUUUAUUUUGAAACAUUGAGCAUUUGGUCCAAAUGUUCUCAAAAAGCUGAGUGCACAGAGAACCAUGUCAGAGGGGACAGGUAUGUUGGGAG